CGCGACUGGAAGUGCAUUUGCAGAUAAGAAGCGAUGGGUAAAAUAACACUCGUGUUUAUAUUGUUGUGUAUCUGUGUAGUACUGAGUGUCGCGCGACCCCGACGACGCCCCGGGGCUGGCCACGAGAGGAAAUGGGGCCAUGGACGAUUGGAAGGCCAUGGGAGACACGCGAGCCCGUCUUUUGACCCUUUCAUGGGUCCCCAUUCGAGUGAAACGUCGGAUUCGUCCGAAGAGUGGGGCCGACCACAGCGGGGCAUGAAGCAUCACGGAUUCGGGAAUCGGUUUGAAAUCGGCCCUGGAAUGUUUGGCCUAGGAUUUGGUGGAGAAUUCGGCCUACCAAAGUUUGAGCUGGACCUCGACUGGGGAAACUUCGAUGACCAGGACGACCAAAACUGGUGGGAGGGACCGAAUGUGUGCUACACUCAGUCGGAGAAAUUAGAGAACGUCACAGAAAUCACGUCGCAUUUCCGGUUUCAUUCGGUCAUCUGUGACGUCUCAGACACUACGUACAAAUGCUCCAACACACGUCACACCCCGCGGGGCAAGAUGGUGCUCACGGAAGUGUACGAGUGCUGUGUGGGCUUCACACGCAAACCCGAGGAGUUCGGCUGCCAGGAAGAGGUACCCCUGUCCAGCAUACCCGACCUCCUCGAGACGCUUGGGCUCACGGAGCUGACCAGUCUACUGGGAAGUGUGGGGCUUAGCUCGGAAGUCCUGGCUAGUGACAACAACAACUUCACCGUAUUCGCACCUAGCAACGAGGUCCUCGCUAAGUUCGUCCUGCCUGCAUUGCAACGCCAUGGGGGCGUGGACGUGAUGAAGGAUAUCGGCUCGGUGGAGAUUGUGUCGCAGGAGAUCAGCGACUCUGUCAUCGAGGACACGCGCAACAUCCUGCUGGGUCACGUGGCCGUGGGGCGUCUGACGUCAUCACGCCUGACUGACGACAUGAUCGUGGAGACCGCCAGUCCGCUGAAGUCCUCUAUCCGGAUCAACACAUACGAGCAGCCGAAAAAGCUGGUGACGGCGAACUGCAAGCCGAUCACGAGCACAGACAACAUCGCCAUCAACGGCGUCGUGCAUGUGGUCAGUGACGUGUUGAUGCCAGUCACGAGCUCCUUACUAGAUAUUGUCAAAAAGAACCCUGAACUCAGUUUCCUCAAGACAGUCCUCGGCUCCUCCCACAGGGCGGCCACGCUGCGAGAGCCCGGAAGUUAUACAUUAUUUGCACCUACGGACGCCGCAUUCAAGAAACACGCGGACCUGCUCAACCGUUUACUCGGUGACGACAAAUGCAUGGGCAACAUACUGCAGAAUCACCUUCUACCAAACGUGAUCUGUUCGUCUGUAAUCGAGGGUCGCGCACAGACGAAAAACUCGCUCGGUAGAGCGCUGCAGAUGUCACGUGACAAGGAUAACAAGCUGUACGUAGAGGGCGCUCAGAUCAUCGUCAAGGAUCUCAUGGCUACGAACGGCGUUAUUCAUGUCAUUGAUGACGUCAUCAUACCGGACGAAUCGCUGAACAUCUUAGAGCUGGCCUCGAAGAAAAACUACAGCGAGUUUUUUAAGCUGGUGGAGCGAGCCGGGCUCAAAAAAGAUCUCGCGCUCGCGGAGAAUAUCACGGUGUUUGUGCCUAGCAACGAGGCUGUUAAGUCUUUGCCAGCAAAGGUUCUAGCUGAAGUGAUGUCAGACGUUGAACUACUUAAAAAGACAUUGAAAUACCACGUGGUUCCCGACUUGUUCGCAUGUCGGGGGCUGUAUAACAACAAGCUGCUUGACACGUUGGAGGGAACCAGCCUAAGAAUCAACGAGUACUCCACCUUUCCGUUCGGUCGAGAAUGGCUGCAGACGGUACAGUGCGCCUCGUUCGAGGCGGAGACGAUCAAAGGAUGUAACGGAAACAUCCUCGUCGUUAACAAGUUGCUGUCGCCACCCACCGGUGACCUGUUGGAUGUGCUGGCGAUGGACCGCCGCUUUUCCAACCUGACGGCGCUCCUCAAGGUUGCCGACAUCGCCGACAUGCUGCAGGAGGAAGGUCCUUUCACGCUGUUUGCCCCCACUAAUGAGGCCUUCAAGCGUCUCGGAAGUGAUGCCGUAGAAACCCUAAAGAAGAAUCCCUCGCACCUGAAAUCUCUGUUGAUGGAUCACGUGACUCGAGAUGUCAUCUGCUGUAAUGCCAUCAUGCGCUCGAACUGGUUUGACCAGCAGCGUGUAAGAACGCUGUCCGACAAGACUCUAAGUGUGCACAAAAACAGGGCUGAGCAGAGGUUUGUUGACAAGGCGGAGAUCAAGCAGUGCGAUCUGAUGGCCACCAACGGCGUUGUACACGUCAUCGAUGACGUCAUCUCUGAAAAGAAGCCACAGCGAGGCUGGCCGGCUGACCGAUUUGAGGGAUGGUUUUGGGACUUUAAAUAAUUGGAUUUCACUUGAACAGAGGCGACUUGGAAAUUAAGGAUUGAUUUAUUCAA